AUGGAUUUCGAGAUAGUAAGAUCUUCUGUACUGAAGUUGGUUCAAGAAUCAAAAAGAAAAGGAAACUUUUCCCUGAACCGUUUGGCAGAACAUGUAUAUUCUAUGUUACAAUCCGAAUUAUUGGUCAGAUGUUAUGAUAUCGCCAACAUUGUUAAUCGUCCUUCUAUUUUGGACGAGUUGGACAGUUGUAUACCUUAUGCAAACAUUAGUGAAGUUCAAACAGGCUUACCUCCAUUUUCAAUGGAUCAACUUAAAAAAAGAAUCUCUGGUUUAAAUUUACCGUACGGUACAGGUAUAUUUACUAUCCAGUUACCUGAUUAUCAACCUCGAUUUGGAUAUCGAAGGUCAGGUAUUGUUCUUCGACAAGCAGUUAUUAAAGGGGAAGUAGAAAAUUUAUUUGUUUCAGGUGUAGAACAUGGCAGUCCAGCAAGCAAUGCAAUGGAUUUGCAAAUGGGAGAUCGUAUAUAUUCAAUAUCAGGUUACCCAUUAGACUGGCAUACAUUAGAACAAUUAAGAUACAAGCUAAUUGAACUGGAUGGAUUGGCACCAAAUUCAAAUAUCUACGAUUUAGCAAACUAUCUACUUAAUAGGCCUUACCAGAACACUGGGAUUUCCCGUGAUCAUAAUUAUAAUAAAAAUAGUAGUGUUUUUGAAAUACCUAGCGAACAAACUAAUUUAACAAAUUUUAAACCGCCAGUUCUUGUCAUCUUUCGUUAUCCAAAGUCAAAUUCAUUGUGGUCCAAUCAAAUAUCUAAUGACGAGACAAAAGAAUUACAAUUUCAGGCAAUAGAGAAUAAUAGUUCAUUCAGUUGUUAUGAAACAGUUCUUGAAAAUGAAGGUAAUAACAAUGGACUUGGUCUACAGAUAGGAUCCAAUCAAGAGAAUACGGGAAUCUACAUUGUAUCUAUAUUCAAAAAUAGUCAAGCUGAAAGAGAUGGUGUUUUAAGGGAAGGUGAUCGUGUAACUGAGGUAAAUUAUCAGAAUCUUGAAGGAUUAGAUACUAAACAAGCUUUGAAAAAAGUUAAAAGUAUAUGUCGAAAUACUAAAUAUGUACAAAUUAAAUGUUCAAGAAAUAUUCAAACUAAUAAUAAUAAUAGUGAUUUGAUAUCAUCUUGUAGUGAUAAAAAAACACAGUUUGAUGACAGUAAUAUACCUGAUCCUAUAUUGAAUAAUGAAGAUAUUAAUGAUAUUGUUAAUGAGGAGAAAAGUGUUUUAACUCGGACACCAACACCGACAAUGAAUAAUUCAGAAACAUCUAUAUAUGAUUCUCAAGAUGAUUCUGUCUUAUUUUAUAAUUGUAAAUUCAAUAAACCUGAUGACGAACGUAUGAAUAAAAUGGAUAGUAAUGAUAAAAGUUUAUUGGAAAAAUGGUUAGAUGUAUUUAAUCCUGACGUAGAAUUACUGUUAGUAUAUUACGACAUCAAAAAUUCAAAUUGUGGUCUGGGUAUUGGCUUCGGGGAUACUGUAGGAGAUGAAGAAAUAUUUGGUGAAAAUCAGCACCAUCAUUAUAUAACAGAAAUUAAUCCUGAAGGGCCUAUUGGCAAAGAAGAAAUCUUAUUGAUUGGAGAUGAUUUACUUGAAAUUAAUAAUGUUGUUAUCGUUAACAAAGAUCAUUUAGAGAUCUCCAGUAUUUUUCCUACUAUUCCUUCUGAAGGAUAUUUAAUAUGUGCUCGUUAUCCAAAUGAAUCUUCUCUAAUUGAUGUCAAAGAAGAGAAUGAAAAUGAUGAAUCGGCUUUAUCCAAUGUUGUUCCUUUCAUUCAAACUCCAAGUGAUGAUGAGAUUCCUACUGUCGAUUUCAGUGGUCAGAUUUCGGAUGAUAAUCUUCUCGGUGAAACCAAUUCAGGAAUUAAAAAUAACAAAAACCUAGCACCACUGAACAAUGAAGAAGGAAUUGAUCAACGUUCUGGAUCUGAUAUUGAUGAAAGUCAAUAUCCAGUGAGACUUUUGACGGUUACUGAGUCUGUUCUGCAGAAUCAAAGCUGCAAUCACGGAUUUCAAACUGAAGACAUUCAAACUGAUGAAAUGAUAACUGAAGAUAUUCAACCAGAAAUUGAUAAGAAUAAUCUAGUAAUGAGUGAUCAAAAAUCUAUUGAAUCGACAGUUAUGAGCUCACCACAACGUCUACCAAUGGCUGUGAAAUUAGUGAAAUCCAUGGAAAAAUUACCGCUUCAUACUACGUCGCCUAAAGUAUUCAGUUUAAUAUCUGAAAAUAAUAAUUCAAACCAUAGUGAUCUGAUUCAAUUGAAUGAAAUAACCAAUCAAAAUGAUGAUAAUGAUGUGUUAACUGUUAAAGUUUUAAAAAAAGCUGGUGAAAUACUUGGUUUAGAACUGGAAUUAGAAAGUGGAGAUGAAAGAGGUAUAAAACUUGCACAUAUUACUCCUGGAAGUCCAGUAGAUCGUUUGAAAUAUUGGAAUCAAUACAAGUCUAUGGAUUGUAUUCAAACUGAUUCAGACUAUUCGAAACUUUCAGAAACUUCUUGUAUAAAUGGUGAUCAUUUACGUAUUCCUACUGCUGGUGAUCGAAUUUUAAGUGUAUCAGAUUAUAGUUUUCAAAAUAUGUCGGCUUUUACAGCAUUAAGAUUACUAAGAAAAUUAAUUUCUUAUUCUGGUUUUAUAAAUACUUCAAUGGAGAUGCCAUAUAGAAAUGAAAAAUUAAUUUUCAAAAAUGAACUAUUAAAUGUUAAGCAAAAAAUUGAUCAGUUUAAUCAAUUUGCUUCUAAUCAAGUGGUUAAAUCUCAUAGUAGUAUACCAAUUAUAAAGUUGAAUAAUAAUGAAUUUCCUUGGAUAAAUGAACGAAUCUAUUUGAGACCAAUGAACAAAAUAUUUAAUCAUUGGAAUUCAAAUGAACAGCUAAAUUCAAAGUCAGUUAUUUUGCCAAAUAUAACCAAUUUGUCAAGCAUGCACAAUCAGCACAAUCAUGAAGGAGCUAUUGAUUCUAAUUAUGAUUCACUUUCAGUUAAAGGCAUAUUCAAACAUAUAGAUCAUAAAUCUAAUCAACUAAAAAGUAAUUUACCAACAGAUAAACAAUCUAAGUAUCAUGAGACUAAACGUGAACAAUCAUUCACAAUUUCUAAUCAUCAAAAUGGAUCAGAUAAAAAUUCUUCUCAAAUUGAACAUAAUCAACUACUCAUUAAUAAAAAAUUAGGAAAUCAAAAAGAAGACAAUAACAACAACAACAAUAAUAAUCGAACUGCAAAUGAAUUUAUAAAUAAUAAAAUAGUACAAAAUUGUAAUCUAUUGUCUGAACAGUUCACAAUAUGCAUUUAUAGAAAUUCUAAUGAAAAUUUAGGAUUUUCAGUAUCACUUGUAGAUUUGACUUCAUUAUUCAACGAAACUUCGGAUUAUUACAUAGUUAUUAGUGAUAUUCGACUUACCAAUAAAAACAGUCAUUUACAAAUUGGGGACUGUAUUUUAUCAGUAAAUGGAAUCAAUGUAAUUAAUAUGGAUCUACUGAAAUCAGUUAAAUUAUUAAAAUCAACACUAUCUCCAAUCCAAUUAAAAAUACAAAGAUUGAAUAAAAUCAAUUUGUCAACUGAUAUUAACUGUGAAGAAGAUUGUUUGUCAGUCGAUACAGAUACAGAUGAAGAAGGUGAAAUAAUGACGAAAAUUAUUGACAUGGCACAAAAUUAUGCUUCUGCUAAGUGUACAGAAAUCAAAGAACAACUUGAAAUGAAAGAUAAUCAAAAUAUCAAUCAAUGUGAAAGUGAAUUAACUAUAACUAAUAAUAAUAAUACAACAAAUGACAUAAUCAUAAAAACAGAAAUACAAAAUCAAUCUGUGAAAUUAUUACGACAAAAAGUCAUUAAAUGGUUAAAUAUUCAUCAAUUAUUUAUUCAAUCAAAAAACUAUAGAUUAAAACAUAUAGACAAAGAUCAUUAUAAAUGUUCCGAGAUAAUUUCUAAGACAAUCAAUAAAAUUAUGGAAGAAGAUGAUCAUAUGAUAUCGGAUGAAGAUGAUGAGACUGUCAAUAUAGAUGAACAGAUGUGGAAGAAUGAAAGAGCUUCAAGUGAGUUGAAAUAUUUUUCUAUAUUUACUAACUUUAUUUUUUGUUGCAUUGCACUAUAA